CAAUCAUAAGCGCGCGCUACAUGACGCCACCAAGUAAACAAACAGUAGCCUGGCGGCCAUUACAGUCCAAGGAGAGCUCGACUUGACGGUUUGUUUUUCCUGCAGAAACAAGUCGUUUGUGAGGUGACAUGAAAGACCCGAGGCUGAGCCACGUCACCUCGAACAUGACCCUCAGCAAUGACGUCACGCUAAGCAGCCUUCAGGAGAACCCCUUCGCGGAGUACAUGUGGAUGGAGCACGAGGAGGAGUUCAACAGGCAGGUGGAGGAGGAGCUGUGGGAGGAGGACUUCAUGGAGAGAUGUUUCCAGGAGAUGCUGGAUGAGGAGGAGUGGGAGUGGUUCGUCCCGUCUAGAGACCUGCCCCCUGGCAACCAGCGGCAGGAGCAGUACCACUCACUCUCGGCGACCAGCAGCAGCCUCAACCCCAACGCCAAGGAGUUCACGCCCGGCAUCCAGAAGCACAUCAUGUGACCAGCCAGGCCGCCACUCCAGUCCACACUGUGAUGUCAUCGACAAGAUGGCUGGUUGAUCAGGCCCACCGCUCCUGCUCAUAUGUGGGCGUGUCUCUGAAUGUAAACACGCACUCCGAUUGGCAGUUGUCACCUUGUGGUUUGGUUACUUCAGGUGUUUCCCUCAAUGCUUUGUGUCCCCAUGCUGCACGCUAAACGCACUAACUACUGUAGAGAAAUCACACAAAGACAAAAAAAAGGUCUAUUUUUCUUAAAAGUAUUUGAAAAUAAAUGUUUAAUGAAUAUUUGUGAA